AUGUCUUUAAAGAGAAUCAACAAGGAACUCCAAGAUAUCGGAAGAGACCCUCCUUCUCAAUGCUCUGCUGGCCCUGUUGGUGACGACCUCUUUCAUUGGCAGGCGUCCAUCAUUGGUCCUCCAGAUUCCCCCUAUGCGGGCGGUGUCUUUUUCCUUGCGAUCCAUUUCCCAACAGACUAUCCUUUCAAGCCUCCUAAGAUCCAGUUUGAAACAAAAAUAUAUCAUCCAAACAUCAACUCCAACGGUAACAUCUGUUUAGAUAUAUUGAAGGAACAAUGGUCUCCUGCCUUGACAAUCUCAAAAGUCCUAUUGUCAAUUUGCUCUCUUCUAACCGACGCAAACCCAGAUGAUCCUUUAGUUCCUGAAAUCGCUCACAUAUAUAAAACCGAUAGGGCCAAGUAUGAGGCAACCGCUAAGGAAUGGACUAAAAAGUAUGCCAUCUAG